AUGCAGUCAUUCAUCCCGCAGAUGCUCCCCCCGGCUGACCUGAAGCUGGCCAUCCCCCCUUCACUGGGAUAUACCCUCAAAGCCCCUACCCGUCUGCCUCCUACCCCUCCUUCCCGGGAUAUUCUGAAGUCUUUUCCUGAAUACGAGACCACUGCUUCGUUCGAUCGGCUGCGUGCAACCGAAUACAGCUACCUCGACGAGAACAACCAUGUCUACCUGGACUAUACUGGGGCCGGACUAGCUGCCAAAGCGCAGUACCAAGCACAUCAGGCACGACUGAGCGUCGACCUGUUCAGCAACCCGCACUCCGCCAACCCGACCAGCGAAGCUUCAACUAAGCUCGUGGAACAAGCCCGCGCCGAUGUGCUGCGCUUCCUGAACGCGUCCCCAGAUACCUACACCGUGAUCAUUACAGCAAACGCCACCGGGGCUGCCCGACUGAUCGGGGAAUCCUACCCUUUCGGCCGCAACUCGACUUUCCUCCUCACCGCUGACAACCACAACUCGGUGAAUGGCAUCCGAGAGUACGCCCGUCGCCGACACGCGCGCACGGUCUACCUCCCGCUCCAGACCCCGUCCCUGCGCGUCGAUCCCGAUGCCCUAGCCUCUGCACUCACACCAACCACAUGGCCCUGGAUUCGUCGAUCUUCGGAUGCGAAGGCUCGUCCGAAGAAACGCAAAGGCCUUUUCGCCUAUCCGGCUCAGAGCAACUUUAGCGGCGUUCGCCACCCACUCGAGUGGAUCACGACGGCCCAACACGCCGGCUAUGACGUUCUGCUCGACGCAGCAGCGUACCUCCCCACCAACCGACUAGACCUUUCCCCAGCCAACCCGCAACCGGACUUCAUUUUGAUGAGCUGGUACAAGGUCUUUGGCUUCCCGACAGGUCUGGGAUGCCUGGUCGCCCGCAAGGACGCUCUCGCGCGCCUCUCCCGGCCGUGGUUCGCCGGGGGGACCGUGCAAGCCGUGCUCACGGGCGUGCACUGGCACAGCCUGACCACGACGGAGGGGGCGUUCGAGGACGGCACGGUGAACUUCCUGGCAAUCCCCGAGAUCUCGGUCGGGCUGAAGUGGAUCGAAUCUUUGGGCAUGGAGAACAUCCGCACCCGCGUCCACUGCCUGACGGGGUACUGUCUGGCGGGGCUGCAGGCGCUGCGACACAGCGACGGUUCGCCGAUGGUGAAGAUCUACGGGCCCGCGCCUGACCCGAACAGCCCCGGCGUCGAUCCCGGCGGCGACCGCGGCGGCACGAUUGCCUUCAACUUCCUGGAUCGAACCGGGAAGAUCGUCGACGAGCGCAUCGUCGCGACGGAGUCCGCCGCGGCGGGCAUCUCGCUGCGCACGGGGUGUUUCUGUAACCCCGGCGCGGCGGAGCACGCCUUUGGGAUCACGAAACCCUUGCUCCGGAGCCUGCGGCGACGGUUCCGGGACACGCUGACGGUGGAGGAGUAUAUCCAGCUGCUGGGGCUGCCGUCGGGUGGGGCGGUGCGGGUGUCGUUCGGGCUGGUGUCGAAUGUGAGCGAUGUGGAGCGGUUCUUGGGAUGGGUGGAGGGGAUGUAUCGGGAUCGGGUGACAGGGACGGAGGGGCUGGUGGCGAGGACCGAGUGUUAG